GGAGUCUCUAUGGGGGUGGGGCCGGCCAAUCAAAGGGUCCUCGCCAGAAGGCGGAACCUGCCAAUCAAGGGCUGUCCGCGUGAAGUCGCAGAAACCACGAAUCUAACGAGCCGGGGGUGUGCAGGGACGUGCGGUGAUGGGGAUGCGCUGCGCUUGCUCUUCAGCAUCCGGUUCCUCAAAGUUGCUUCAUUUCCCCUGGGACUGAAAGAUAAACCCCAGGUGUUUGUGGGACCAUAGCAGAGGGGAAUUGAGGCACGGAGGUGAGUCCGGGAGGCUGCCUGGCAGAAGUGGCGCCAGCCGCCCGAAGGUGGAGCCUUGUAGUCCCGCCCUGCAGCCCCGCCUCCACCCUGUCGCUCAACUGGGCUCUGGGCAGCGUACAGCAUCCAGCGCUGCGGGCUCCGGGCUAUGGACGCCCCGGGUGCUCCGGCCCCAGCUGCCGCCCCCAGCUCGGCGAGGAGGGAGCUGAAGAUAGUAAUUGUGGGUGACGGCGGCUGCGGCAAGACAUCGCUGCUCAUGGUGUACUGCCAAGGCUCAUUUCCCGAGCACUAUGCCCCGUCGGUGUUUGAGAAGUACACGGCUAGUGUGACAGUGGGCAACAAGGAGGUGACCCUCAACCUCUACGACACAGCUGGGCAGGAAGACUAUGAUCGGCUGCGGCCUCUGUCCUACCAGAACACACACCUCGUCCUCAUCUGCUAUGAUGUCAUGAACCCCACCAGUUAUGACAACGUACUCAUCAAGUGGUUCCCCGAGGUCACACAUUUCUGCCGAGGGACCCCCAUGGUGCUCAUCGGCUGCAAGACAGACCUGAGGAAGGACAAGGAGCAGUUGCGCAAGCUCCGGGCAGCUCAGCUGGAGCCCAUCACCUACACACAGGGCCUGAAUGCCUGUGAACAGAUGCGAGCUGCACUCUAUCUGGAAUGUUCCGCCAAGUUCCGGGAGAACGUGGAAGAUGUCUUCAGGGAAGCGGCCAAGGUAGCCCUCAGCGCCCUGAAGAAAGCACAGAGGCAGAAAAAACGAAGAAUCUGCCUACUGCUGUGACCCUGGCAUGGACGGCCUUGGAGUGGAACUGUUGCAGCAAGGGACCCAGGCCCAGGCUCCUGCUGAGAUUCUGCCCCAUCACAGCCCUGCAGUGCCUGGCAUCUGGGGCUAGACUCUCAGAACAGUCUGCAGCUGUCCCCUUUGGGUUCACACUGUAGUUCAGUGGAGGAGGAGGAGGAUGUCAGACCCACCAGUGUUCCUCUACCAUGCGACUGGCACUUGUCCCCAGGCCGCAGGAGGGUCCCUGUCACAGCUCCUCCUUGCCCCAGCCAUGUGUGUUUCCCUUUCCAGACCCAAUUCAUGCUUGAACCUCAGAACGGCAUGGAGAGUGUGGGUAUAAAUGUGGACGCACAGUGCUG